CCCCCUCCUACUGUCUCUCCGUGCUGCCGCCAUCUCGCUGUGUUCUGGUAGCGGAGCAGCAGCAGCAGUCAGACCCGGACCGGACCGGCUCUCUCCUACAUUACACUACUGUUAGAAAUCGGAAACUGGUAAUUAACACGGCAUAUAACAUAUGUAGCUGUUACACUGUAGUGUUAAAAUAGGAAAGAGAGUAACUUCACCACGACGACUGCACGAUAACCGGCCGUCUAACAACUAGCUUAGCUUAGCUAGCUUAAUGCUAACGAUAGGCCUCUGCUAAGAUAACCCUCAAUCACACGAGCACAAUAGAGCAACUCUUAGUCAGGCUGACAAACAACCCAAAGUCACGCUGUUGUCCAUUUAGCUCACAUUAUAUUCUAGUUAGUUAUGUAUGUAAAGGUGAUCUAAUCCUCGCUGAUCUCCACACAGUCACGUUAGAGUCUCAUCACUGCGGGGAAUCACUCCUAGUUCCUUCCAGCUAACUUUGGGAUACUUUUGUAUUAUCCACCAGUAAGUAUGUGAUUGUUUUGUUGACUGUCUUUGAGGUUUAAGCUCUGAUCAUACACACAUUGAUCCAACACUGAAGGUGACCUGUAACGUUAUAUUGGUUGAUGUUAACUGUCUCAGAUAUCUGUAACAUUAGAUUAACGACUUGUGUGGUUGUGGAUCCAGAAUAAUUAGUUUUACUUGUAAUCUAUUUUUGUGAAUCCUUAUUUUUAUCCAGUUAUUUCAGUGUAAGUGCUAUUCUGCUUCUGUAGAGAUCCUUUUCCCUGUUGCUUAAGAUGGAGGCCAGCGUUGUUGUUCAGGCUGAUCAUGAGGGUCCAUCUAAGGCCUCAGGGUCUAGGGUAGACACACAACCCAGGUCUGGACCUGUAACGUUAGUUGUUCGUUAUUCUGGAUUAGAUACUUGACAUAUAUAAGCAUGGAUAGAUGAUGAAGUGUAGUGACAGUUAGUCUGUCCACUGGCCUGGACCCCAGUUAGAAACCAGGUUGCAAUGGAGUCAUGAUUGAGAGCUCAUCUGUCUCACUGUACUACUUGAUACUGUAUCUCUUUUGUGGAAAUGUCCAACUGUCUUCUUUGUAUUUGUACACAACUGUCUGUCUCUUAAUAACACCUUUUCAGUCCCCUGGGGAGUGUUUUUGUAGGUUUAAAUCCAUCCUCUUGGCCCUUUGUGGGAUUCCCUGGAUAUGGAUAGCUUGCCCCCCCAUGAGAAUACAUUGGCGGAAGAUUUUUUUUUUUCGUCUUCAGCAUUGGCUGAAAAUCUCUAGAGGCUUGAAUAUCCUGCCCAUUUUUUUCUACUGCCAUCAUCCAAAUGUCACCAAGUGUGCGAAAUCUUUCCAAGUCCAAGAAGAAGCAGAGGAUUGUUUUUCCACCUACCAUCCAUCCCCUUUUUGCCACAUCAAUUUAAGCAUUUUUGGAUCAUUUUUUUCUUUUCUGGCAGUUUAUGCCCCCCUAUUUCUUUCUUUCAUUAAUUACACCAAUUAAUAAAAAAUGAUAAAAAAAAAAGAAAUCCCCAAAGGACUCUAUUGCAUCCACCAUCAGUAAUGUUUAGCAGUCUGGCGGAGAUAAAGCUGUCUCAGAAAAGGGAUGUCGUAGGAAGACAAGUGUCUCUGGCCGACCUACCCCCCUUUUCCUCUUAUCUCAUGGAUCAAGUGUUCCUUCAGGACUCCAUACCACCACGGAGACACCCUACCAGCAGUGCGCUCAAGAGGGAGACAACUUCUCAGCCACCUCAGAGAACCAGCUGCUGGGUUUAAGGUCCUAACCUCAUCACCUCUGCCACUCAAGACUAUGACCAACCAUGGAGAUGACUGCUACUUCUUUUACUAUUCCACCUGCUCUAAAGGAGACAGCUGCCCAUUCAGACACUGUGAGGCAGCUAUGGGCAGUGAGAUCGUCUGCAACCUCUGGCAGGAGGGACGCUGCUUCCGUACUGUCUGCAAGUUUCGCCACAUGGAGAUCACGAAAAACCGAAAGGAGAUAGCUUGUUAUUGGGAGUCCCAGCCAGCCGGCUGCCAGAAGCCACACUGUGCCUUUCUCCAUGACAGGCCCCGCUACAUCGAUGGCAUCUUUGUCCCACCUGAUAAAAGUCUGAGCAGAAACGAGGAACAGCCACACGAGGAACCGGCUCCCCCGCCAGCUGCCACUCUUCCCACCGCGGCCAAUCCCCAGCUCAGAGGCGUCAUCAAGACAGAAACUCAGGAGCCGGUACCGAGCCCCACCCACCCACCGGUGGUGAUUAAUCCAGCAGAUGAUGACGAGGAUGAAGAUGACCAGUUCUCAGAGGAGGGAGAGGAUGGAAAGGUUGGCCCUUCUCCUAGAAAACUACUCAAAUCAGACGACUCACUGAACUUCGGAGUGAGCACCCUGGAGGAGAUUCGGCUGAGGAAGGCCCUGAAAGCCAGCAUGAAGAGAACUGGUUACCCCAUCCAGAGUGCUGAUACCUCGGCCAACGGAGAAAAAGAAAACCACCAGUCAUUCUUUCGACCAAGCCUCUACGACACGAGAGAUGGCCCACUUGGCUUUGAAGAAACCGUGAGACCAAGAGUCAGUGUGGCCGACAGGCUCGGAAGGAGGAUGCCCAACACCGAUGCGAGAAGUGGAGAUGGCGUCCCACUGAAGAGGAGUCUGGCUGGGCGUCUGGGCCGAGUCGUUGAUGAGGAAGAGCCGUCAAUGCCCCCUCACAAAGCUUUGAAACCUCUUAGGGACAGACUUGGAUUGCCUGUGUGUGUCUCACCCACUGAACCUGAUGAGACCGACAUGGAGUCCGAAAAAGCUCCUGAGCAGAUUCGCAUUAAAACUCUGGAGGAGAUCCGACAGGAGAAGGCGGCAAAGUCUCAGAGCCAGCAAGACGAUCCUUCAGUCGCGUCUCCAGAAAGCAACCGAACCAAAAACACUAAGGGCGCUAAGCGAGCCAUCACCGUCAAAGACGACCCCAUUAGCCGCGUCAAAACCUUCUCGGAGAUCCUUCGUGCCAAGAAGAGAAGGCAGGAGGAACAGGAACAGAACACAACAGAACCCAGCCCUGUGAAGGCCAAGCGCUCUGUGGAGAAAGCUCCGGGCAAGAGUCGGGGAGAGUCUGACACAACGGGUUCCGGUCCAGAGGAUACCAACGUGGGGAAAGUUAAAGUAAAGACUCUGGAGGAGAUCCGCAGGGAGAAGGCAGCGAAGAGUCAGGCUCGGCAGGUCCCGGAGGCUGAAAACGAGAAGAGCUCCAAUACUGAGCAGAACGACGCUAAGAAGCCUCGCCUAUUGCACGUCAAGAAACCGGCUUCCCAAAGCAAUGUCACAACAGAGAAGAGUGCUGAAGUGACAGAGAAGCCACAGAAAAGUCCUGCUGCUGCUCCUGAGAUCGUUGCUGCCAGUGUCAAGGUCAAGACCUUUGAGGAGAUCAUGCGGGAGAAACGCCUUCGCAAGCAAGAAAUCGAAGAGCAGGCCAAAAGCUCGGCCGAAGCAGAGCCUGCUCAGAAACAGGCGGAUGAAGGAACCCCGAAGAGGAAGGUUCCCGCCAAAGUCCGUGUUACAUCACCUUCCUCCGCCACUCUAGCCCCAGACUCUACGCCCACCACCCAAAAGCUCCCCGUCGUUAAACCGAUCCCCCUCAAAUCCAACGCUGCCUCACGUCUGAACAGCACUACUCCUGGUACAAGAGGUGGUGCCGUCAAAGCUGCGGCCUCAGUCCCCGUGAAGCAGAGCUCUUCAGAGACCGAGUCUGACUCACCGAGUCCUAGCCGCUCCAGGGAGGUCCCAGACAAAAACACAAGGAGUUCCACCGCACUGCCAACAACCAAGCAGGCCAGAGCAGCUCCCCGGGGGCCCGCUGCAGGGGCCCGUACUGCUGAUAAAACACUGAACAUUAAUCCCAAGAAAUCCCCAGAACACACUGCGGACACCAAAGUGAGGCCCAAGCUGAACGUGAAGCCGUCCGUCAUGAAGCCUGCAGUGCAGGUGAAGCCAGGCCAGAAGAGGAGGGGAGCAGAGCGAUCUGCCGUCGCUGCUGUUAAACCUCUGAACAGCACCGCCGCCGUGCAGGAGGAGCCACAGCAGGAGACGACAUGCAGAGACAUACAGGAGAUCCCGUCCUCCAAAGCGGAGGCUCAGCUGAGCGCUGCUGUUCCCCGUAGUCCCAGCACCCUGUUGGACUCCGGCUCCGGCUCCGGCUCCAGCCCGCUGAGAGACGACCUCCAGACCGUCCCCGUCUUCAAACAGAGUCUGAGCCAAGACACCAAGCAGACUGUCAGUGUUGCUGCUGCCAGAGAGGCCUGUCCAGUCCCCCAAAGCCCAGUCCUGAAGAGUCCCACUCAGGCCAGGCCCCGGAGACUGAGCGUAACCGCAACCCGCUCCGCCUCCACCUCCAGCAUCGCCGCCUCCUCCUCCGCCGUGGACGACUUCGAGGAGCUGAUCAACGAGUUCACGGACGACCACCUAGAGGGAGACGUGGACCCCGGCAUCGGAGAGGACGACCUGCUGCAGGAACUGUCCGAGAUGAUUGACAGCUGAGGGGCUCCGUCCAGCACAAUCAACACCCUGCCCCAACUCCUCUCGCCCUACAACCUGUUCUUGUUUACAAGAAGUGAAGACCAUCACCCAACUAUCUACCAUGGAGCGUUAAAAAAAAAAAAACUUUCUUAAAGAUUCAACCUAUUUUAAGCUUUAGGUUCACAUCCUUCUAUCCUUUUUCAUUUCCUGCCUACAUGAUCAUCUGCUCACACCAAGGGUUAUUCUGCAGAGCUUUAUUUUUGUCUGUAUCAUGUCUGUUCAUGAUUAUUGUCGAACUUUGUCGAAGAGAAAAUGAAAGAAGCUUUUGGUGCUGGGAGAUGUUGUUGAGAACGUCACUAGUUUGUCAGGAAUACUGGAAAGUUGUAACAUCUUUGGAAUGAUGAAUGUGUCCUUUUAGAGAGAAGUCAUAUCUGUAUACUGUGUAUGCAAAAGGGAAGAGCAAGCUGAGAAUAGAAAUAAUCAAUACUGCUGCACUUACAGUAGCCUGCAGUGCCCCAGCUACUUGUGUUUUUGUUUUUAUAUCUGUGAAGUGGACAAGACGGUCCGGCCGGAGCCUGAGAGCAAGUUAUCAUGAAGUUCACCAGUCACGUCGGUGUCGGGAUGGUUUUAUCCAUCGGGUGUUUGUUGCUUUCUAGAUUUUUUCCACUCAGAUCUUACGGAGUGCACCUUCUACCAGUGGCUGUUCUUUCGUGUUUUUAUAAUGUUUCACCGAAAAUGUGCGUGUUUAUUUUUUUAACCGGUUCUUUUAUUCAGUGGGGGCGUACUUUGAAACAACUAGUCUGGGAUUAAAUGUGUUAUAAGUGCUCUCUGGGCUUUGUUUAAUGAACACCUCAGGGACAGUUUCUGAUGUUUGUAUGCUCCUAAUACGAUUGGCAAACACUGUAUUUGAAAUUGAAACUAUGCUGUCUUUAGUUGUCUUUUUCUCUUUUUGUGUUAGCAUUGGUUUAUCAAUGUGAUCUGAGAAAAGAUCAACUUGUUUUUUUUUGGUCUUAAUACGUGUUUGCUCUGUCCCGACCCCUUUCCCACAAGCUUACUGUUCAAAGUGACUUGUACAUAUUACUGUGUAAAUAAAAAGUGCUUUUAACGACCA